AUGCAGCCUGACCUCUCCCCUCUACACUCACAGCACCAGAGGCGCAUCCGCCACAUCACAGGCCUCCGCAUACACAAUCUCUCUCCCUUUCCCCGCCGCGACCGCCUCGCUGCCCCGCCCCGCCACAUCCCCCUCGACACCGCCGACGACAACAUCCUCCCCCGCAGACCCCGCCGCCGCCGAACCAGCGCCGCCUCUUCUUCCUCAAUCGUCGCCCCCGCCAACUCCCAGGCUGCCCUCCAGAGCAUCGUCGCCGCAAGACUCGUCCACUCCUUCAUCACCCUCUCCCCACUCCGCUCCGCGCCCCUCCACCAGCCCAAGCUCCCCCCUUCCCCUCCCACAUCCGCCCCGCCCUUCAAUUCCUCCUUUGCCAAAUCUACCGGCCCCCCCGUCUACUUUUCCCCUGUCCACCGCCCCUCUACCAACCCGUAUUUCCCCAUCGACACCCGUUCUCCACGCGAUUUCCCCCCUCCAUACGACCUCAGCGCACAAUCUCUCCAUGUCCAGGUCUGGGGAAAUCCUCCUGCCGGAUGGUCAUUGCUCAAUGAAUGGCAUUUCCAUCUAAAUCAGCUCCUUCCUCUCCCCGAAGAUGUCACCUCCCUUCCCCCAAACACUCUUCUCGUCUCCCUUUCCCCUCCAGGCAAUGUCUUUUACCUCCCUCACCCUUCUGACCGCUCCCGCUCUCCUUCUCCCUCACACGGCUACUCCUCUGAACCUGAAUCAGAGAUAAGGAAUCCCACCCCUUUACGCCGCCGCCGCCACCACAAUCCUGCUCAAUCCUCUACCGAUACCCUUACCAAGACUGCUGGCUUGCAAGAUCUCUUCAAGCUCGUCAACAUCCAGUCAUGUAUUUUGGACAAUGAAGCCUCUGUAUCAGAGGUUAUCAGGGGCAUAGGCCACUUGUUGGAAGACGAUUCCGCCUUUUCUCAGCGGCGUCACAUAUCCGAGUCCGAAGCUAGGAUUCAAGACCUUAGACGCAACCAUGACACAGUCAGAGAGCAGUGUGCACAGAAAAGAGCUCAAAUUAUCGCAUACAAGCAGCGCCUACAACAACGGUCCGACUUGCUCGAAUCUGCACGUAUCGCAUUCGACAUCAACUCUGACUUGACCCAAGUAAUAGCAAACGAGAGGGCCCAGCUGACAGCCUUGCACGCCCACAUGACUUCCAUACGCACCUCCCUCCUUUCCACCCUAUCUACCAUCUUCCCCAUCGAGCUGCUUUCCCCACCUGACCUCUUGUUCACCAUCCUCGACGUGCCCCUCCCCAUCCCCGUCAACCCAAGCGACCCUGCACCCCCGCUCACCUUGCCAGAGCAUAAAGAGGUCACAGAAGAAGCCGUCGCUGCCGCCCUUGGCUUUGUCGCCCAGGUUCUGCAGAUUCUCGCCGCCUAUCUCGGAAAGGGGCUAGUAUAUCCCGUUACGUGCAUUGGGAGCCGGAGCUUGAUUCGGGAUGGGAUCAGCGCCAUGGUGGGUCCCAGGAUGUUUCCUUUGUUUUCAAAGGGUGUCGAUACCUAUCGGUUCGAGUAUGGCGUGUUUUUGUUGAACAAGGAUAUCGAAAUGCUCAUGUCGGAACGCGAUCUACGCGCGUUGGAUAUACGGCAUACCCUGCCUAAUCUCAAAAACCUUAUGCUCACGCUUAGCCACGAUAACAUACCAACAACGACACGGCCUGUUUUGCGACGGCACUCACCUAUAUUGUCCAUAUCUUCGGGGCUCGCAACGCCCUCGCGCUCUUCCUCGCCGCCAAACGAGGAUAUGAUGGAUGUUAGCACGCCCAAGGCGUCCCAGAUCAUCACACCAAUAGCCAAUGGAGACCAGUCGAGGAGCGGUGCAACAACUCCCACAGCAUCGCUGCAUGACACUACCAAAUCAAAGUCUUCAUUCCUUGGUUUUGGAGUACCGUUUUGGGGGAGGUCGUCGACAAUUCAGAGGGAAGAGGAGGAUAGUGUGUCGUCGUCUGAAGAUUCGAGUGAUGAUGCUCCAGGUGCAGACGACGAGGAAGGAGAUGGGGACGAGGACGAUAGACGGACGAUACAUGGUGUUGUUGCUUCACCAUCUGACAACUUGAUUAACCCCGUCGAGGUUGGUGGUCAAGCAGAGAAAAUUGCGCCAGCAGAGUAG